GGACAACAGACUUGGUUCCAUAGCAACAAAUGUACAACACACCCAUAACAUGUCUGCUACUAGUGAGGACCUGCAGGUUGUUAGGAACACCAUCAGCUCCAUAGUGUCUACCAUGUACAAGGAUUCUGAAUCUGUGGCGGAAGGAGGAACGUUAAUCAAACCCUGGUGAUUUGGCUCAUGUACUGCAGUUCAUAUACAGGAACUCCAGGACGUCAGGGGGUUGCUGGGAGACCGGGAAGUGUGGGAGCAAAGGGGACUGCAGGUGACCAGGGGCCCCAAGGACACAGAGGAGAGAAGGGUGACCGUGGUCCUACUGGUGACAGAGGUCCAAGAGGACCAUCUGGACAAAAGGGUGAGAAAGGAGCGGAUGGAGUGGACGGGAAGGAUGGCCUUGUGGGGGACUCUGGGGUUAUAGGCCUGCCUGGUUGUAAAGGAGACGAGGGGGCAGAGGGGGAGCCAGGUCCUCUGGGGCAGAAAGGAGAUGAAGGAUCUUAUGGAUUACCUGGACAAAAGGGAGAGAUAUGAACACCUGGGGAGCCAGGGGUUCCUGGAGUGUCUGGAGCCAACGGAGCCAAGGGGGAGCCUGGACCAAUCGGAGGACCUGGAAAUAAGGGUGACCAAGGAGACGAAGGGGACUUUGGACCGUCUGGAGCGCCAGGCACAGCGGUUUGGAACUCAGCUAGUUCUAGAAUCAAUACAUCACCCGGACCAGGACGAACACUGUCCACAUAAUCUGACACAGGAAGACACAUAUCUUACUAGAUCACUGAACAUCAGGGUACCCCAACUGAUGGCGCAUGGGCCGAAUUUGGCCCGAGGGUGGUUUUAUUUGACCCCCCAAGUUUUCUAAAAAAUAAGUGACAUCUUAUUAUUUUUUAUUGUUGGACAACAGGAAAUCAGCUCCAAGGGAAUUUAAGAAAUCUGUUCCCAAGUAUUCACAUGUAUAAUAGAGAGAAACGUGAUUGAAUACAAAUGUAAGCAGGGCUUCUUGAGGUCAAUUUUGUCACGCCUUGGUCAUAGUGUUUUGUGUUUUCGUUAUAUAUUUUGGUCAGGCCAGGGUGUGACAUGGGUUUAUGUGUUGUGUUUCGUA